AUGAACUUCAACUUAGAUUGGGAUGAACCUGAUAUUUGGUCAACUGAACCAUCAUCUUCUAUUCAAAUCAACACAUCAAGAACAGAACAUCAAAACCCACCUGAACCAUCUUCACCAACUAAUCAAUCAGAUUCAUCUGAUACUACUACCAUUCAUCAUCAUCAAAUCAAUCUAUCAACACCUAAUCCUACUUUAACCAAUUCAAAUUCAAAUUCAAAUUCAAAUUCAAAUUCAAAUCAUUCUCAACAACCCAAUCUAUCAAUCUCAACUGAUUCAAUACCUAAACCAUUCAUCAACUUAGAUUCUGAUCAUCAAUCUUCUCCAAACAGUCCUUCUAUCCUAUUCUCUUCUCCUUCAGAUGCUUCAUCAACUCAAUCUAUGUUCUCAGCUACAGCUGAUCAAGCUCAAUCACAAUCAAACAAUCUCAAUAAUAGUACAAUAGAUGAUGAUGAUUUUGGUGAUUUUGAUGAUGGUGAUGAAUUAGGACAAGGAUUAGGAACAGAUGAGUUUGGUGAUUUCGAUACAUUUCCAAGUUUAUCACCUAUACCAAGAUUUCAAACCAAACCGAACAUCAUACCAUUCAAAUUACCUAAACUUAUGAAUUUCGAAACCCUAAAACAAUCACUCACACCUGCGAUCGAUAGUCUUUUUACACAAAUCGAUUCAUCAGUUUGGCUAACCGAUGAUGUUAUCAAAAAUUCAGAUCAUCCACCAAUCGAAAAAAAUUUGUCAAUUCCUUUGGUUUUGAAAUCUUCUGAUCUACUUAGGUCUGCUUGGAAUGAAUUGAUUGAAAAUCAAAACCGACUUGGGAUUCCAAUUGAUUGGAAAAGAAGUCAGAUCCGUCGUCAUUUUUUAGUCACACUGGGGAUUCCAGUCGAUUUAAAUGAUUUCUUGACACCGGCAGAUCUUCCUCAACAAACACUUUCAGUUCAUACAGAUUCAGUUUCAUCAAGUCUUUUACAUCCAUAUAAUUCAAAACUUAUCAAACCAUCAAUCAAGAGUCCAACUCCAACCAUCUCAAUAGAUCGAAAAAGAUGUGAUGAACUAUUAUCGUUGAAAAAUGACGAUUUACAAAGUCAAAGUGAUGAAGAUCUAAUUAAGAUUAGAGACGAGUUAAAGAACAUGAACACAACGAUCUCAGAUCUUCUAUCCCAAACACUUACCAAACGUGACAAAUUAAACCAAGAUAGUGAUUCAUAUAAUAAGAUGAUCUCAGAUCUCAUCACAGCUGCACAAAGGAUCAAGAUGGGAUCACCUAAUGUGAACAAAAGAUCAUCGUCUAUCCAACUAGGAUCUUCUUCAAUCACUUCUACCGCUCAGAUCUCUUCUACUCAUCCAGCUGGGUCUUCUAGAUGGUUUGGAACGACGACUAGAUCGGUGACGCCUACUAAUCAUCAUCAGAAUGUGACUUCUAAAUCUGUUGAAAUUAAUUCUAAACGAUCUUCUGUACUUUGA